UAUAUUACUGACUUGGGGAUGGCGCCCUCCGUGUUGGCUGUUUGUGGCCGUACAUUUUCAAAAGUAUUAAACCAUGGCCACCUUAACCACGCAGCUUCGAUGUCAAAACGAGCAGUAUCGCAAGUACCACUAGGUUUCGUCGGCCUCGGCAACAUGGGGAAGAACAUGGCACGUAACCUUCUCGCUAAGGACCGGCUAGUUGUAUAUGACCUUUACCCUGAAGCCAUGGAAGCUAUGGCGAGUCAGGGUGCCAUCACUGCCCAGAGUCCGGCCGAAUUGGGUGAACAGUGCGACCGCAUCAUCACUAUGCUUCCAUCGAGUCCUCAUGUGAGAGAAGUGUACUCUGGCAAGAAGGGGAUCUUAUCGACAGUGAAGACCGGUUCUCUCCUGAUAGACAGCAGCACCAUCGAUCCAUCCGUCUCCCAGGAGAUGGCGAAAUUGGCGAAGCAAAAGGAGCCUCAGUUUAUUGAUGCUCCCGUGUCUGGAGGGGUACCUGCUGCAGAGGCAGGAACGCUGACAUUUAUGGUCGGGGGAAACGAGUCGGAAGUCAGCGCCGCGCAAGAGAUUCUACUCUGCAUGGGCAAGAAUGUCAUCUACUGCGGUGGAAUCGGCUGUGGCGAGGCUGCGAAGAUCUGCAACAACAUGAUGCUUGCCAUAUCGAUGAUUGGGACUUCCGAAACAAUGAUCCUCGGGCAGAAACUUGGGCUGGAUCCCAAAGUGCUCAAUCAGAUUCUCAACGUAAGCUCCGGGAAGACGUGGCCUAGCGAAGUCUACAGCCCAGUACCUGGAUUGAUGCCCAAUGCUCCUUCCAGCCACAAUUACGAGGGUGGAUUUGGAUCUGCGCUGAUGACGAAGGAUCUUGGUUUGGCCCAAAAUGCUGCAACGCAGACCGGUUCUCCAACUCCACUGGGCUCACUGGCCCAUCAGAUCUACAGACUAGUUCUGAACCACAACCUCGGAAAGAAAGACUUUUCAGUGAUCUACCAGCUUUUGGAAGGAAAAGUGAUAAAGUAAAAGCGCUUAUUGUUCCCACAGACUGAUGAGCCAGACACGAUUGUUUCAAUGAAAAUUAUGAGCAUUCCAGUGCAGUUCUCUGUCGUGGCAUCUGUCACCGAAGUGGCUGCGUGGUGUCAAAAUAAAGUGUCUACUAUGUUCACCUUGUUAAAAAA